UAAAUACUAUUAAUUUUACUUCUUCUUCUUCUUCUUACUUAGUGCUUUGCUUUCUUUGGUUUUCUUCUCUCUCUCUCUCUCUCUCUUUCCUCUCUUCUUUUAUAGCAUCUCUGUUCCAUAAUUAGAUCACUUAAUCCUGCGUUUUCGUCAUUCGAAUUCCUUGUAUUCAUCAUCUUCUUCACCAGUUUGAAUCAUCAUCAUAUCCUAUAACAUAUAUAUAAAAAUUCAUUCCAGUAGUACUUAAUUCACUCUUCCCUGUUCAUAUAUCCAUAUAUAGUUCAAAAGGGAUUUUAAUUACACUACUGGCUAUAUUGCUUCCAAACUCAGGUUAUAUCAGUCGAAUUAUUGGGUUUUCUUAAAUUUGAUCACUUCUUCUUUUACAAGUUCAAUAUAUAAUAGCUAGUCUGGCUAAUCCGUGGUGGACGAAUCAGGUGGGGCUGCCGGUCAUGGACCUGGCGGCGAACAACUCACCUGUAUUACAAAACAAACGAUCAUCAGAGCUCCCAGUCCACCACGACCGAGACGACAUCGACGACGACGACGAUAGAGACCAUAUAGACGAGCCCAGAGAGGGAGCAGUCGAGGUUGGAAACCGCAGGCCAAGAGGCCGUCCUCCGGGCUCAAAAAACAAGCCAAAGCCGCCCAUCUUCGUCACCAGGGAUAGCCCAAACGCCCUAAAAAGCCACGUCAUGGAGGUGGCCGGAGGCGCUGACGUGGCCGAGAGCGUCGCCCAAUUCGCUCGCCGACGUCAGCGUGGGGUCUGCGUACUCAGUGGUAGCGGCUCCGUCGCCAACGUAACCCUGAGACAACCCUCCGCUGCCGGCGCUGUCGUAGCCCUACACGGCCGCUUCGAGAUUCUGUCUCUGACAGGAGCUUUCCUUCCUGGACCGGCUCCGCCCGGCUCGACCGGGCUCACGGUUUACCUAGCUGGGGGACAAGGCCAGGUGGUGGGAGGGAGUGUGGUCGGUUCUCUGGUGGCGGCCGGACCGGUGAUGGUGAUUGCGGCAACUUUCGCCAAUGCUACUUAUGAGAGACUGCCUUUAGAAGAUGAAGAGGAGGCAGGAAGCGGAGGACAUGGAGGAGGCGGUGGCGCAGAGGAUUCGCCGACUGGGCUUACCAACGGUGGCGGAGGACAUAUGGCGCCGGCUCAGGGGUUGGCUGAUCCCUCGGCUAUGCCUCCUGUGUACAAUAAUCUUCCGCCGAAUCUGAUUCCUAAUGGAGCUCACCAUCACCAUCAGCAGCAGUUGGCAGGCCAUGAUUCGUAUCCUUGGUCUCAUGCUCGGCAGUCUUACUGAAAAUUUGAUCAUGAAAACUCAUAAUAAAAAAGGUAAUUUGAAUUAUUGAUUAUUAGGAGAGUGGAAAAAAAAACUUGGUUUAUUAAUUAGUCUUUAUAUAUAUAUAUAUAUAUAUAUAUAUGUGUUUGAUUUUUUUCUUUCUUUCUUUUUUUAGAAUUUAUAAAGAGAGAGUUAAUAUUGUCAUGGUGAUGAUGAACGAGACAUCAGUGUUAUUAUAAUUAAUAUUAUUAGAGGUUUUUCUUAACUAUAUAUAUGUAGAAGUCAUGUAAAUUACAGAGAACAUGAUCUUAUUGUUAUGUUUCCUUAAUU